AUGCCGAACGGCGCGACGUGGAGCGACGCGGAGAAGAAGAAGCGACUCCUCGUCCUCGUCAACCCGGCGGCUGGGAAAGGGAACGACGUCAGCGCGUACGAGCGCGACGUCGCGCCCGUGCUCGAGUGCGCGUUCGAUCGCGCGCGAAUCGACGUCGUGGUGACCACGCGCAGAGGCGAGGCGCAAGAGCGCGUCGCGUCGAUGGAUCUGCAGAACACCGCCGCGGUCGUGUGCGUCGGCGGCGACGGUACGAUCGCGGAGGUGUUCAACGGGCUGAUGUCGCGAGGCGGCGCCGCGGAGAAGUUCCCCAUCGGGAUGAUCCCGGCGGGGAGCGGCAACGCCAUCGCGAAGUCGCUCGCGCACGCGGGGGGCGAGCCGUGCGAUCGCGCGUCGGCGGCGCUCGCCGUCGCGCGCGGGCACAUCGCGCCCGCCGGUAAUGGCGACGCGGCGGCGACGGCGGCGACGGCGUCGGUGAUGCACUCGCUGCUGUCGUUCUCGUGGGGGUUCUUCGCGGACGUCGACAUCGAGUCCGAGACGAUGCGAUGGCUCGGCGGACUCCGGUUCACGAUACAAGCGAUCGUUCGAAUCUUAUUCCUGCGCCGGUACAGCGCGAAGCUGCGGUUUAAGCCGCUCGCGAUCACCCCGGACGCCGUCCCCGCGGGUAAAAAAUCCAAAGAGCUCGCCAUCGGCCAAGAGCCGAAGGAAGCCGCCGCGGUCGCCGCGAUGGACGGCGCGUCCGCGGGCGACGCGAUCGCCGACCGCCCGGGGUGGCGCGAGAUCGAGGGCGACGUCCAGGGGUUAUGGGCGCUGAACCUCCCGUGGGGCGGCGAGGACAUGUACGCCGCGCCCGGCGCGGCGCCCGACGACGGAUGCUACGACCUCCUCGUCAUCGCCGGCGCGUCGCGGCUGUCGCUGCUCGGCCUCCUCCUCAUCUUCGACGGCGGCGCGCACUGCACGCACCCGGCGGUGACGUACGUGAAAGCGUCCGCGUUCGAGCUCGACCCGGGGCCGAGCCACACGGGGAAAGGCGGGUUCAUCGCCGUCGACGGCGAGCUCGUCGCGCGCGCCGACGGGAAGUGGGGCCGGACGCGGCGACAGGCGCGUUCUCCUUCACACUGGUCCCCGUACGACCCCGUUGGCGUGGUGAACGCCGAUCCUUAA